GAGACCGUGGCUUGCAUUAGCGGCGCGAGCCGAGCUCGAGAGCGGGCCAGAAGCGUCACCCUGGUUACAGAGGAGCUGCCUUUCUACCGGCUCUCUGUAGGCGCUGGGACGCGGACUAACACUCACUAAAAUAAAUGACAAAUAAAUACAGUAAAGACAUAAAGUAGCAUGGCGGAGAGUUUCUGAACAGCAGGAACAUUAACAUUUAUCCGUGGAAUGAGUGACACAUGCGCGUGCUUGGGCUGUAAGGAAGGAGGAGGACUGAAUUAUUAUUAUUAUUAUUAUCGUUAUUAGUGCGGGACGGCGUGAGAGUGAGCCGAGGUCUUCUUGCUUGCACGCAGUAAUCGGUAUGGUGAUCAUGCGAGAGGCGAGCGCAGGAGGGCCGGCCGCCGUGUCUGCCCAGGGUCGACCCCUGCAGGUGGGCUUCUACGAGAUCAUCCGCACGCUGGGGAAGGGCAACUUCGCUGUGGUCAAACUGGCCAGGCACAAAGUGACCAAAACCCAGGUUGCCAUUAAAAUAAUCGACAAGACCCGUCUGAACUCGUCCAAUCUGGAGAAGAUCUACAGGGAGGUGCAGAUCAUGAAGCUGCUCAAUCACCCGCACAUCAUUAAGCUUUACCAGGUCAUGGAGACUAAAGACAUGCUGUACAUUGUAACGGAGUACGCGAAAAACGGCGAGAUGUUCGACUACCUGACCUCGAACGGACGCAUGAGCGAAGCCGAGGCGUGCAAGAAGUUCUGGCAGAUCCUCACAGCCGUCGACUACUGCCACCGCCACCACAUCGUCCACCGAGACCUCAAGACCGAGAACCUGCUGCUGGACAUGAACAUGAACAUCAAACUGGCAGACUUCGGGUUCGGAAACUUCUACAACGCCGGAGAGCCCCUGUCCACGUGGUGCGGCAGCCCGCCGUACGCCGCGCCCGAGGUCUUCGAGGGAAAAGAGUACGAAGGACCACAGCUGGACAUUUGGAGUCUGGGCGUAGUGCUGUACGUUUUGGUGUGCGGCUCGCUGCCGUUUGACGGAGAAAGUCUGCCGGCGCUGAGGCAGAGGGUGACGGAAGGACGCUUCAGAAUACCCUUCUUCAUGUCAGAAGACUGCGAGAACCUGAUCCGGAAGAUGCUGGUGGUAGAUCCGGCCAAGCGGAUCAGCAUCUCACAGAUCAAGCAGCACCGCUGGAUGUUAUCCGACCCCAGCGCCCCCCACCAGACCCUCUCACACUCCCUCACCGACUACAACUCCAACCUGGGGGACUACAGCGAGCCCGUCCUGAGCAUCAUGGCCACACUGGGCAUCGACCGCCAGAGGACCGUGGAGUCGCUCCAGAGCAGCAGCUACAAUCACUUCUCAGCCAUCUACUACCUGCUGCUGGAGCGGGUUAAAGAGCACCGGAGCCAGCAGCUGACCCGGCAAUGCAGCGGCACUUGGACCCAGAGAAGUAGGAGCACGUCUGACUCCUCGUCCAGCCCAGAGGUGAUGGUGGAGUCGUCCGACAGCUUCCGCUCGGCCCGGCCUGUCGCCACGACGAUGAACACGGCGCUGCACUCACAGAUGGAGUGGGACCAGGGAGGUCUGUUUCAGCGGGUGGUGUGUCCGGUGGAGGCUAGUCUCAACGGUCUGCUCUGGAAUCGCUCUAUCUCUCCUAACAGUCUCCUGGAGACCACCAUCAACGAAGAAGUGCGUCCCGGAGACCUGGAAGAGGAGGACGGAGCGCCUCAAGCCCCUCCCACGCUCCUUGCAAACACCGCCUCGCGUAGACACACCCUCGCCGAAGUCUCCGCCCGCUUCCAUCUCUGCAGCCCUCCCUGUAUCGUGAUCAGUCCAUCAGACGGCGCUUCGUCGGACAGCUGUCUGAAGUCGUCUUCGAAUCCGACUCCGCCCCUUUCCGCCGCCGCAGUAGGAGAUCUCUCAGCGCUUCUGGCGUCCGGGUUCGGAACCGGGACCUCGGGGCCCGUCGGAGCUCCUCUGGCUCUGUCCUCCAACCGAAUCCUACAGAACCAGGGCAGUCUCCACGCAGCCAGCUUCCAGGAGGGACGCCGAGCCUCCGAUACCUCCCUCACACAAGGACUGAAAGCCUUCCGUCAGCAGCUGAGGAAGAACUCUCGUACCAAAGGCCUCCUGGGCCUGAAUAAGAUCAAGGGCCUGGCGAGACAGGUGUGCCCUCCAACCUCGUGCUCCAGGGGCAGCAGGGGGUCACUAGGGCCCACCUUGUGCCCCCCGUCAGGCCUGCAGGGCACCGGAGGACCUCGAGAGAGACGCAGCAUGCUGGAGGAGGUGCUGCAUCAGCAGAGGAUGCUGCAAAUCCAGCACCAGCCCCAGCAGCAGAGCGCGCUCUUCCUCACGCAGUCCCACCAGCUGCCCCCCUCCUCCUCCUCCUCUUCCUCCUCUUCUUCGUCUUCCCCUUCCUCUUCACCUCCAUGCAACAGCCUGUUUGCUCCUGCUACUUUAUUCUCCAACCCUCCAGCCCAGACCGCCACCCAGCUGAUUCCCGCAUGCCAUCGGAGCGCUGUUCCUCUUCAGCACGGCAGUCUGUGGCAGCAGAACGUAGACUCCUCUUCCUCAUCUUCCUCGUACUCGUCCCUCUCUCCGGUGGCGUCCGCGGCUCAUCUGUUGGAAGCCCGGCUGCACAUCAGCCAGCAGCCUCACCUCCAUGCACAUCCUCAUUCGCAGCUCCAGCUCCAGAGCUACACCCAGGGACAGCUCUCGCUCUUACCCCAGCAGGUGAGCUGGAGCCUGGGAGGCAGCGGCCACAGCGCAGGCCCCGACACCCCCGAGCUCCAGGAGCAGCAGCUCAGCAACUGUGUGAUGGUCAAAUAAGGACCGAUCCGGAGUGAAGUAGAACUGACUCGCAGGAUGAGAACGCUUCAUGUCUGAAGUAUGUGUGUGUGUGUGUGUGUGUGUGUGUGUGUGUGUGUGUGUGUGUGAGCAUGAACUCAAAAGAAGACAAAGAAGCAAUAACCAAACUCUUUACAGACGUCAUGCUCCUCGUCCUCUAACUCCUGUCUCCCGUCCUGAGAAAGCAAUAAAAGAUGGGGGCUGACGUGAAGCGGAAAACACACACACACACACACACACACACACACACACACACACGGAGAGACAGAGAACAGACGUCUGGUUUUUUUUAAAUAAUCACGUCAGACCUGUAGAUUUCUUCAUUUACUCUUACAAAUAAUGUAUGAAAUAUCGGACGGUCUUCCUUCUUUCUUACACGUAUGGAUUUGAACCGUUAUUAUUUUCUGCUUUGUUUGCUGUAACUUUUUUCACUUCACUGUAGAAGACCAAAGUUUCAUUUAGCCUUUUUUUUUUUUUUCAAAAAACAAAAACGCAGUAUCUACGGUUUGUAAUUUAGCAAACUGCGACGCACAAAAAACGGCCGAACGAGAGCUGAUUCACGAGCGGAGCCGAGGGCCGUUCAUGGUACUUUAUUAUUUUAAGAGAAAAAAAUAAUAAUAAAAAAUAAUAAUUAAUAAGAGAUAGGCACGAGAAACUAGACACCGUCAUCUUGAUGCAUCUUGAUUUUGAUCACAGAUUUAAUCAUUUUUAUUUCUCUAAUACAUCGACGCCUCACUUAUAAUCAUUACAACUUAUUAUUAUUAUUAUUAUUAUUAGUAUUAGUAUUAGUAUUAUUUAGUAUUAUAUUUGGUACUGUUGAUUCACUUUUUAAAAAACAUUUAAAAACUACCAGAAAUCCAGAACUGCGAGUUGAUAUCUCAUUAUUUCGAGCGAUUAUCUUGCCUUUGUGACUUAUUAAUAAUAAACACCCCCAAACCUCUCAAUAAGAGUAGUUUAUUAUAGUUGUAAUAAUGAGAUAGUAACACAAUAUUUCAAGAUAUGAAGUCAAAAUUAUGAGGGUUUGGAGUGGUAGUAAUUUGGAGUUAAGUAAAAAACUAUGAGAGAACAACUCGGAAUAAUGAGUUAAGUUGAAAUAUUCAGUCCCUACAGGAUUUCACGGAGUGUUGCGGCCAUAAACGCUCGAUUUUGCUGCGGAUUUUCUUCUGGAAUUUUGCAAUUCGACUUGCGGAGGUUCUCGUGCUUUUUUUUUAUGUUUAUGUCAAACUUCUCGAAUCGGCGAAAUCGCAAUCGCAUGAAAUUGUCUUUCGCAGUGAUGUUUGUUGGUAAACGAGGCUCUUUUUAGCUGUACUCAUGUUCGACGCACGCGAACGCACGUUGUGACGACGUCACGUGACGCGUCCCGGCCCAAAUCCACAGAAAUGUAGAAAAAUCGCACGCUCCUCUAAAUGCGGCGUAGUUUUAGCGUUGAUUUUGCGUUCAUUUCUGCGAUCUUGAAAUCCCAGAGGGACUGAUGACUUUACCCCCCCCCAACACACACAUACACACACACACACAUACAAACUUUGCAUAACAGGGUUUCCGUUUGAAAUAAAAAAGCAUCGUAAAUUUAAUUCGCGACAGGAUCACGAUGCAUCAACCUGCCGAUUGUUAAUAAAACGGGAGAAGGCGUGACGACCUCCUGCUCCGCUGCUCAGCACCGCGUCCCGUGUAGAUGCUCGUCAUAUUAAAUGCACACACACUGAGCUUCGAGGAGCUGCUGUGACUUCAGUUCAGUCCUGCUCCUGAGAAAUGAGAACGAAAGGAAACAGGGCACAGCUCCUCCUCUGUCGUAUCACUACCUCCACCACCUCCUCCUCCUCCUCCUCCUCCUCCUUCUCCUCCUCCUUCUCCUCCUCCACACUGCAGCGAGUUCCUCCCAGAACAAAGCUUAUGGGAUUAGUGCAAUAUUUCACACUCAGCUGUAGUACCUGUAGUACCAGGUCGAGAAGCCGAUAGGAAUCCAGCAGGUACUCAAAGCGUGAUCUUUUUUUGUUUGUUUUGUUGUUGUUUUUUUUCAGGAAAGCUCCGUCAGGUUCUCGAAAACAAAAUCAGAGACCUCUAAUGUUCACAGCUGUAUUAUUUAUUAUUAGCACGAAAAGCUUUCCGGUUAUUCUUUUAAAAUUAUUAUUAUUUAUUUAUUUGGAGCGAUUUCCGACAUUGGACUUUGUAAACGAGCGAUAUAAAGCAACACAAACUGAUUACAGGUUUUGUUUGACCUUUCACACCAGGUUCGAGUAGCUCAAUCGGCUGGGGUCGAAAAUCUUCCCGAACUGUCCGUGAACACCUUUUUAUUUUCACUCAGGAGACGAAAAAGAAUUAUUAUUAUUAUUAUUUUUUUUUUUUUUUUUUUUUUUCUAAAUCGUGGAUUUGGAAAACAUCUUAAUAUUUUAAUAUCCACAGUGUGUUUGUUUAAACUCAGUGUUAAAAACGAAUUCUGAAAAACAUUUAAAAAUGCAUCCAGGAAGUUACGGAAACAAUCCUUUGUUUUAUUUUAUUUUAUUUUAUUUUAUUUUUCCUCUUUAAACAUUCUGUAGCAAUAUAUAGCUGACGAGAUGUUAGUUAGGUGCUAGAAGUAGAUUUUAAACAGUGUUUGUUUGUGUGUGUGUGUGUGUGUGUUGUUUCUACACCAUUUGUACCCCCAAACUGCACGUGUCUCUUUUUAGCUGGAGAAACAGGGUUUGAAACCAGUGACUGAAGCAGAUAAGCUGAAGGUGACGUGUUUGUCAGAAACAGUGUUAAUCCGUUUUUAUUUGAGCGUUGUUAAAUAGAUUUGCACUCACCAGCGACGCUUGUGCCUUUUUUACGAUCAAAUUCCAUGGUGAGGAAAGCAAGUCCAUUUUUGUUUGUUUGUUUGUUUGUUUGUUUGUUUUCCCCUCUGCUGAUUUUAGGACACUUGCAGUGAAUCAGACAGAACUAUUUUUUUUAAAUGUAUUUGUCUUUUGCCCCCCCCCCCCCCCCCCCCCCCCUCUAUUUUUCACGAUAAUGCACUUUAUAAUACAUAUUUCUCCUUCUGAAAAUAGUGUUGUUUCCAGUGCUGGGCUAGAGAAGACUUCUUUAGUGUUAAUGCCUUUACAAUAAUAUUAAACACUAUUUUAUCAUUUGAUUUUAUUUGAUGUAGAACUGUAAAGAGAGCUUGUUUUUGGAUAUUUUCCCCCCUGAUUUGCUUGCUGAACUGUAAAUGUCUUGAAUGUGUGAAAGUGUGUGUGUGUGUGAGAGAGAGAGAGAGAGAGUUGUUUUAUUUAUGUGGCUAUUUAUUUUAAAUAAAAGAGAAAAUAAAAACCA